AUGGGGCAUAUUCCAUCUAAAUUCCCGAAUUACGUCUUCGCCACAUUCGGCUUUGCCCUCUUCUUCGACCCCAACUACGGCAGCUACGGCUGGCCGCUCACUGUAACGAAGUACUGCAACUUCGAAUCGAUCUGGCAAGCGCUGCUCCUUGUCUUUGGUUUGCUGACUGGAGAAAGCUGGCAUGUGACGAUGCGGGAGUUGUAUAGCGUGUAUAUGGGUCGCUUUCCAAGCGCGCCAGGCAGUGCAGUCUCCUCUAACGUCGCGCUCGCGAGCCGCGGCAACGUCUACAUCAUCUCAGUCUACAUCUUCUUCGCCGUCGUGACGCUGUGCUGUUUCUUCUACAACGUAUUUGAGGCCGUCCUCAUGGGCCAGUACGUGACCGCGCGCAAAGUGGUGUUCAAUUCACACAUUUUCCGGUUCAUCAAACUCUGCCGAGAACUCGGCGUCGAGAUGCCGACGCGCGCAGCGAUAGACACAAGCAACUUGCAGAGAAUGUAUUCUCUCGCCUCGCCCAAAAUAGUCGGCCGAAGAAAAGCCUGGCGCGCGCUGAGUGAGUUCCUCCGCCCCCGAUCGCUGCCCAACCAAGAGGCGCCCACUUUUUCAAACACCAGCUCGGGCGCCGCGUGGAUGCUCCAGAGACUCACGCAGUCCAUCUCCAGGGCCUCGACGCUGCGGCGCCGCAGCCAGAGGGCCUCCGCCAACGGAAGCAGGCCGCCGGAAAGGAGGCCAGGCGGCCUGAGGUUUCGCAGAGACAAGCAACGCGCUGUCGCAGCUCACGCGGUUUCUUUCUGGCGCAGGGGCAGACGGCGUGAAUCCAAGCGAGGGCCUGCAACAGAGAGCGAGAGGCCGUCGCCUGGCCAGACACGGCCGAGCGACGCAACGGGUGGUGUUCUGAGUGGAGACUGCUGUCAGGCUCAGCCUACCGCCCUCCGUUAUCCUGCUGGAGGCCUCUGCGGCAGACAGAGGAACCAUGGCGCCGACGACGUCGAAGGACUGUGGGCGGUCAAUCCCGGCUCCGAUACCCACCUCGCAAGCACCCGCCCCGACGACGCGGCUCUCUCAGUUCACUCUGCCACCGAUGCCGCUGGGGACGGCGCCGUGGACGGGCCUGAAGGGCCCCUGUCCCUCGGCGAGUCCGUCUGCUACCUCUUCACGCUUACGCUGAUAUGUUGCUACGACGCGGUCGCUCGGCUGGUAUCCUCGCCUUUCAAGUGGCUGAACGAGCGAAUCGUGUCCUACGACAUCGACCGCCCUGACGCGAUCGUGGACUUCAUCCGCUUCAUCCUCAUGGAGGAAGGCCUCGAGGAUGCGUCAACGGCGAGUGCCUUGCCGGCUCCCGGCGUGCGCCGAAAGCGCGAACAAAGCUCGGUGGGGGGGGGGAUCUCGGCAGCCAGUCGACUCCCACCGCGAGCCUCGCCUUUUUGCGGGGCGGGCCUGUGGCUACGCUUCUCAGGCGCCUGA